AGGAUGCAGUGGAGUAAGGAAGGAGGGAAGGAAGAAAGGAAGGAAUAAAAAGAAUGGAGGAAAGAAAGGAAGAGAAAGAAAGAAAGACGGAAGGAAGUAAAGAAAGGUACAGGUCAAAGAGAGAUUGAGGUUAACAAUAGGCAUGGGGUCACCGUGGACGCUCGUGCCGGCGUGCCUCGUGCUGCUGGCGGUGUGCGGGGAGGCGCGUGUCCGCCUCAACUCCAUCCGCACGGUGAUCCUGCGGGACAGCCACGCGCUGCCGGUGAACAGGAGCACUUUCGACCUCACGCUCUAUCAGUGCAUGAGCGACCUGGAGUGCAGCGAGGGGAGUUACUGCCACGCCCCCUCCGGAGGCCACGCCCACUCCCGCUGCCGGAGCUGCCGCAAGAGGAAGAGGCCCUGCCACCGGGACGCCAUGUGUUGCCCCGGCAACCGCUGCAGCAACAAUAUCUGUGUUCCGGAUCAGGAUUCGUUUCUGUCUCAGACGAUCCCAGACGUGGACGGAGGGAUGAGCCUGCCGUCCAAAAAGAAGGGAUGGAGGAAGAGGGGGAGGACGGCUGCUAAAACAUCUGUCAAAGGUCAGGUCGGGGACCCCUGCCUGCGCUCGGCCGACUGCUCGGAGGGUUUGUGCUGCGCCCGUCACUUCUGGGCUCGGAUCUGCAAGCCCGUGUUGCAGGAGGGGCAGGUUUGCACGCGGCACCGCAGGAAGGGCGCUCACGGCCUGGAGCUCUUCCAGCGCUGCCACUGCGGCGCCGGCCUCAGCUGCCGCACGCUGCGCCAGCCCGACGCCGCGCCCGCCACCUCAGAACCACCACCAUCAUCAGCAGCAUCAUCAUCAUCAUCAGCGUCAUCAUCGGCGUCGUUGUUGGCGAUGGCGAAGUCCAAAUCCCCGUCUCGUCAUUCGUCCCCUCACACGUCGCUGCUGUCGUCGCCGGGGGCAGCGGCUUCAGCGGCGGCGAAGACGAGGCUUCACGUGUGCCAGAGGAACUGAAGAGGGACGGGAGGACACGGGAAGUGUGGCUUUGAAGGAAGGAAGCAAGCAAGGAAGGAAGGAAGGAAGGACAUUAUUAUUGAUGUUGUGUUGCUCCCUCUCUGUCUGCCGAUGACCGACCCGAGGGCGAGCGAGGCAGAGACACUGAGAGAGAGAGAGAGAGGGAGAGGUGGAGGUGGAGGUGUGAACCAAACCAGUUCACGCCGGUGAAAACUCCCAGUUUCACUGCUGCUCGGCUUCCUGUCAGGCUGCUUUCACACACACACACACACACAUACACACACACACACCGGGCGUCAGACUCUCUGUGGUUCAGAUCUGGUUUCUUCCUGGCCGUGUAGACGGGCGGAAACCGCUUUGAAAUCCGGUUUGACCUCAUUUACCCCACCAGGCCGUCUCCUCCUCACUGUUACAAUUUUGUUUUUCUCCAAACAAUCGACUUGUUUCCAGACUUUUCUUGAAUAAAGUGUCACUUUCUUGCUCCGAGUGGCUGGUCUGCCUCAUUCCACCUCGUUUCAACUCAUUUCAACGUCAUAAAAAAAACAUUCAUAAAGUGAAACUGCACUGGAAACAAGUGGGAUUAUCUCAUCCCACCGGCAGAUUAGGAUUUCUUUUUUUUUUUUACCUUGUUUGAAGAAAAACAAGCUUUGCACAGUGAGGCUACCUGCAAAUGACCUGUGAUGACCCAUAAAUUAUAUAUUAUACCAUGAAUGUAAUAAGCCUUGGUUCUUUCAGAGUUCUUAAUUUUUUUAUGCAGUGUCGUCAGAAAAACUGGAAAAAGAAAAGAGCAAAGAAAACAUGCAAGACAGACCGAAAUCCUCUAAAAUAAAACAAAAUGUUCAGUCAAAUAAAAAAGUAAGACAAAAUUAAAUUUGACUUUUUCAGCCCUUUUAGAGGAGGUGCUUGUUUUAAUAACUUUGUAAAAACUGAAUAUGAGACUGAAUGAGCUGUUGAUAUGGUGGGAUGAACGGUGAUGUAAAUAAAGAAUCAGUCAAACAAACUACAAUCAUGUUUUCGCAGUAGUUUCAAUUGAGUUUAUUGUUUGAAAAAGGUUGUUCUGUAAGGUCCGUCGCUCUCUGUCAGAUCAUGAAGAGCCGCCUGAGUUUGACUGAAAGCAACAGAAACAGAUCUGGACCUGGACGGGCGCUAACGGCCACUCAACAUGCGAACGCUAAUCCGGCUUCAGUUUCACUGCGACUGAAUGGACGGAGAUGAUCUUGUUUGUUGUCUUUUAACCAAUGGGAGCAGGGGCUGAUGACUGUUAAAAAAACAAAAAGGACUUUGUAAAUUCUCUCGCCACUGAAACUUCCAGAACGACAGUGAAUGUACCCGCCCCUAAUCCCCUAAUCCCCCUUCCAGUCUUCAGUGAACCUGCUGGGGAAACCCGGCCGGGGAGUCACGUCGGGUUCCAGGAGGCUCAGGACUUCCUCUUGUUUUGUCAACCUCAGUGUGUUCCAGCUCAGACAGAAAAAAGUUCUGGUAACACUUUACAAUCAGAAUACAACAAUUAAUGUUAGUUAAUGUUAGUUAAUGCCAUAAUGGUCAAUUAACUGUUAGUCAGUCAUUAUUAUGGCACUUACUAAUGUUAAUAAUAUCUACAAUAACCCUAAAUAACAUAUAAAUUAAUACCUUAGCAU